GCAUCGCCCUGCAAGCCGCAAUUCCUUCGCAAUGCCGCCGCGGAUACCCGUCCGUGUUUCCUGGACGUCCAAUCCACCCUCUGCACCGACUAGCGCAUGGAGUAGCACUCUGUGUGUGCGGGGCUUUUCCUCGACACCGGCUUCGCUCGCCCUCGGCCCGCAGUCACCAAACUACAUUGAAGUCCCAAAGCCGCUACAACCUUCGUACCCAGUCAAACCAGAAGUAAAAGGCCAUCUUCCCAUUCCAAGAGAUGUCUUCAAGACGAGGAAUAAGCACCCAAAGGAAUCAGACAUCUUCAUCGCAAGGAGCACGCGGGAGCCGAAGGAAGUAAAGGUACCGGGACCCUACAGCAAGGAUGCCGACUACCGGCUAUACAAGCAAAGACUGGCGGAGAAGAGGAGAGAGGCAUUGAAGGAGGGUGUCAAGGAGUUGCACGAGCGCAAGGUCACAUCAGAAGCCGAGUACUUGGCCAAGAUUCAAGCUAUUGGCGCAACACGGCGGGAACUAGCAAUGGCACCACGUCGGGAAGUCGACAUCUUGACCGAGACAUCCGUGGCAAAGGGAAUCCGCGACUUUUUGACCGACUCACUUCCCCCGCGACCGGACAUAUCCAAAGCCCGUAGUAGGGCGUACCAGCGGCGAAUGGCCAGAGUACAGGAAAUGCGCGCUUCCCGUCUUCACGACUUAUACACAAAUGCCCGCGAGUUCAUCGUAGAUGAACAACAAUUAGAAGAGGCAAUUGAUAAGGCAUUUGGCUCAGAGGAGCAGCCCAUUGGAUGGGAUAACAGGGGCAACAUGGGCUUGCGAGCCAACGGCCAGGACGGUCUCAGUCCCUGGGCAGGUCCCAUACCCGAAGGUGUCGUCGAAUUGCUGCAGAAGCUCAAGGGUGGCGAGGGUGUUGGUUUGGCCAGGGAGAGAGUCAAGAAGCUUGCCGAGGAGCUUACUGGAGGUAAGAUGUAGACUUGAAGAUGUGUAUCGGAAUGUGUAUCGGAAUGUGUAUAGUAUGGUAUUCAAUCUUCAAUGCAUCGCAGGCGUGCAUCUGUAAUUGCAUCUUGCUACGACUC